ACCAUAUCUCGUAUGCAGGGGCCCGCCCAACAAGAGGCAGAUUCUCCCCUCUGCCUUGGAGCCACUAAAACAUAUUGCCAUCCGGACAAAUCUUCUUCCUGUAACACAUCCAUCCAUUUCUAGCUGCAGGCAGAGCAGAGUUGAGCGUGUGGGAGUCGAAGGAGAUCGAGAUGGCUACUGCAUAUGCUCCUCCGAUGGCAAGCCAGGUGAUGAAGAGCGGCUUGGUGUGCUCCAAGCCGAGGGGACUGUCCGGCGCUUCACUCACCAGGAGGCCCCGCUUCGUCGUCAAGGCCGUCAAGUCCGACAAGGGGACGUACCAGGUGGUCCAGCCCAUCAACGGCGACCCAUUCAUCGGCAGCCUGGAGACGCCCGUCACGUCCAGCCCCCUCGUCGCGUGGUACCUCUCCAACCUUCCCGCGUACCGCACCGCCGUCAGCCCGCUCCUCCGUGGCAUCGAGGUCGGCCUCGCCCACGGCUACCUCCUCGUCGGCCCCUUCGCGCUCACCGGCCCGCUCCGCAACACGCCAAUUCACGGCCAGGCGGGAACCCUCGGCGCCAUCGGCCUCGUCUCCAUCCUCAGCGUCUGCCUCACCAUGUACGGCGUCGCCUCCUUCAACGAGGGCGCGCCCUCCACCGCGCCCGCCCUCACGCUCACCGGCCGCAAGAAGGAGGCCGACAAGCUGCAGACCGCCGAAGGCUGGUCCCAGUUCACCGGAGGCUUCUUCUUCGGCGGCGUCUCCGGCGCCAUCUGGGCCUACUUCCUCCUCUACGUGCUCGACCUCCCAUACUUCUUCAAGUAGAUUAUUUAUUAUUGGCAUGCAUGUACGAUGGGUGCACAACUGCAGAUGAUGUGAUCGAUCUCUUCUUGGUGGUUGGUUGAAAGAGUCUAUGUAUAAAUGAACUUACGUAUUCCUCA